AUGAAUGGCCAACAAUGGGGCAAUAGGGUCAUCAAACUCAACCUGGAUACCCGCGAUCUUGACCAAAAGAAAGUCUUUGUCGGAGAUGAAGCAGGUGUACAGGGAAGGUUCCAAGAGGCGAUCGGACAAACCCUUGGAAAAGUCUUUGAAGCUCAAGGACUGGAUAUCCAAUUUGCCGACUUUAAAUGUCUUCCUAAUCUAGGGAACAAAGUCCCUGAUUGUAUCAUGAAGACAUCGACCAAUGAGUUGAAGCUUGUAGGUGAGUUGAAGGUGCCAUGGGUUUCCCAUCGUCAGGCCAGAACCAGCUGCGGUGCUGCCUCAGUCACCUUCGAUGACCACCUCAUGAUUGUCUCUCUUUUCACUUCUUUGAUUUCACUUCUAUUCUUUCUCUCCUUCAACAUGACUGACAUCACUCAGAUUUUCAAAGACACCAAGAUCGCCCUUCCUGGCUCCACAGCUCUCCAGCUGGACGCGAGUACAUGGGUGAUUGACGAGAAGCUCUAUGAGAAUAAAGUCGAUGGGAUGCGCGAGCCUGAUUUUGACCCCGAAGAUCCCCCAUCCGUUUGGGAAGCUAAGUACCUAUGUCACAAUCUCGAAUCCCCCCAUGACCAAGCCUUUAUGAGAGUUUACUGCCAAGGCCCCGACGAGGGAACAGAUUUCCUUUUGCCAGAGAUUCGAGCCCAACAGGCAGAUCCUCAGUACGAAAUGCCGGAAGCCACAGCUCGAAAGGCUUUCAAACAGGCUGGAUGCGGGAGUGUACCGCCACUGCUUGGAUGUGGCCAAUCUGUCCAAGGGGGAUACGGACCUGUACCUGGAGGAUACAUCGCCUAUUUGGUGUGGAAAAAGGUCCCCGGACUGGUCCUUUCUCGGGAACUUUUCUGGUCAUUCAAGCGAUCGGAACGUGACAUCUUUUGUCACAAGUUCCAUCUUGCAUACGCGGAAAUGGUAUCCUGUGGUUGGUGUCCAGGAGGGACGGCCAUUUGGAAGAUCAUAUGGGACCGAGAAACCGCAAUUCUGUGGAUCAAUGGGUUUCGCAGUUCCUUUCCAGCCGAUGACGAGGACAAACUGUGGAAGGAUGAGGCCCUGGUCGCUUUCGAGUUGAUUAAGCCACUGGUACCUGGCUAUUCCGAGAAUUACGCUGAAUGGCAGCGGUGA